UUAACAUAAAAAACACUUGAGGCUACUUUAACAAAAACCAAAUAUGAAGAAGCUUGAUUCCUUCCAUGUUCCACCCAAACGAGGAGAGAGGCAAAGUCCACUCUGAUGAUUCUUCUUCUUCUCAGGGACAUGACAUCCUGAUGGAUUUGAUGAAGCAUCCUGUUCUGGCAUCUGCUUCGUCAUCACUUAAUGAGGUUGCAGAAAGGAAGUUCUCUGUUUCUAAAGACUGUAAUUCGAGCAUAUCAAGACGUAAUAGAUGCGUUUACAUUUUCCAGAGAGAAUAUGCAACUGUGGAUCCUGCACUUGUUGAUGUGGUUGGCACGGAUGAGGCAACAACUUGUGUGGGCCUUGUCAUAAGGAACCAAAAAAGUGGAAUGACAUCUGUUGCUCACUUGGAUUCACCUGAUGUUGUUGAUAUUGGCCUAGCCCAGAUGUUGGCUUUUGUUGUCAAUCACAGCUCUGAUGCCAUGUUGGAUGUUCAUCUAAUUGGUGGUUUUGAUGAUGCCUCACCUAAACAUGUUAAUGGUAUCACAAAAGGUCACGAAGAGUUGGAAGGCUAUUCCUUUCCUUUGUGUAAGAAAAUAGUUGACAGCCUGGCAAAGAGUAAUGUGAAGUUCCAGAUUCACACUCUCCAUGUUCUUGGGCACAAUACAAGACGAGAUUCUGAAGGAAAUGCAUACCCCAUCUUCACUGGUUUCUUGAUGGAAACUGCCACUGGGUCUAUUGUACCAGCAAACUUUGACGCAACAACAAGAUGUCCCGACGAAGUUGUUAGGAGAAUACGAGUAACUGCAUCUUUUGAGGACCCUCAUUGGGAUGGAAGAUUACUAGAGACAUAUGAUACUCACACUGAACAAUUUGUAAUUGCUCCAUGCACUUGGAGCAUGCGUAAGCUGCAUAUUGCCCUCAUGCUACAGAAUUUAUCUGACCAGGAAAUCCUUCUUAGGUGUUCCACCUCUCCUUCUGCCGAGGCUCCAGAUUUCGUUGAUAACCAAAGAAGGCAGUGGGACUAUCUCAUUCAACACCCAGAUUGGAGUGAAACAUUCCCUUUCAACCAGCCACGUAUAUUUCGAAGGACAGAAGAUAAGAGUUGGGUGAGGCACCAAGCAAAAUUUAGCAGCCCAUCUUAUGCAUACGCUGAUUAAGUUCCUUUCGUUCAAGGGGAAGGGGAAGUUGGCGCAUGUUUUGUGGUUAAAGCAGUUUUCUGAACACCCUUGCUUCUGUGGGAAAGGAUAGGAGUCGUAGCUAAGACUUUCCACUUACUGCUCUAUUGAUGAAUAAAAGCUUGAAAUAAUUUGGGAAUUUCUUUACUGGAUUUUCCUAAUAGAUUGUUUCACAGGAUAAAGGUAGCAGUGAAUAACUAAGAAUUCCGUUCACAUGCUCCAUUGAUGAGCCAAAACUUGAAAUGAUUGGCAAUAUUCUUGUUAGGUUGUCUUAUUAAUUGUUUUAUACAAUAAUCGGUUUUCAGAUAGUA